GCUACAGCGCAUGCGCUGUGUUUCGGCGCAUGCGUCGUAGAUGGCAUUUUAGCGGUCAUGACUUAUUAAAAUACUUAAACUCCUGAGAAUAACACCGAUUGAAAUUGUAUUUCACCAUGACUGAACGGGCUAACUGUGUGUUUGCAGCCAUCGGAUUUAAAGCACUUGACUACGUAUUUGAGGCUAGCACACGUCUGAAGGUAACAUGGGAUUUACUGGCUCUGCCAGAACCGUAUUUAUCCAGCACCUGCGACCUGUUCCCCUUCGUUCACCAGCUGUUUAAAGAAACCUACAGGACGCUGUUAGUUGGAGUAGAACAGGUGAUCUUCUCUGGUGAAUCUGUCCUGGAUGAUCUGAGAAAGAGAAACCAGCCAUUCGCAUCACUGGAAAGAUACAAAUAUGAAAGUGAGGAAGAGGAGUUCAUUCCCAGCUCCAAUCCUGACUCAGUGAAUGACUUUGAUCUUAGCUUGUUAAAAGAGCCGGAGGUUUUCUGUGAUCCACUCCUGGAGAUUUUUUCUAAGCUUGUCCAUCCAAAAGAACAAGAGGAAGAUCUCUUCCUGGCCGAGGAUCUCAUAGUGGAUCACCUCCCACAUUUCAGGAGGCUUUUGCCUUCUUUGACAUCCAACCUGUCCAGACUGAAGACGCUUCCUGUGGCUGACCCUCUGCUGACUCCAGGAGGACUCGUCAUCUCAGAGGACCACGUCUUCAGAUCAUAUGAAACAUUUUUAGACGCGGACACAGUCGAUGUUCAGAUGAGCUCCUUUAUUCAAGAGGACUUUCUUCCGGAGUCACUUUUGGAGGAUGAGGAUCUGCUUCUGCCUGAGGUGGUGGACACUCUUCUGCUGGAAAGGCCAAAGGUCACCCCCAUGACGAGCUUCUCUGGUCUUUGGAACGUUUUUCCAGAACCUCUAGAAGAGGAGUGUUCGGUUCUGGACAUCCUACGUAGAACUUCCGCUCAAAGGGGGUGGACGGAUAUGUUUCCGUUUGAUCCUCCGCAGGAGGACAGCAAAGAGAAAAACACAAAAACGAGUUUGAUGGAGUUUUCAGGAGAUCUGGACCCUACAGCUGAAAUAGAGGUGGAGUUAGUCCUGAGCAUUUCUCCGAAGAAGAGUUCAACCAACAUCCGGUUCUCCGUCACUGAACUCCAGGAAGAAGAGUUGUCUCCUUUCACGCUAUCCUUGAUGUCUCCGAGGACUCGGACGGCGAUGGAAACGGCGGUCUGGAAGGCAGAGAAGCAUCCGGCAUUUGUGGAGAGAUUCCUCCUAUCAGAACCUCUGACAGACGAUCCAGCCGGUGGUUUCCAGCAUCUCCGUGAAGCUUCGAGGCUUUUUAAAUCUGAACUGCUCAGCUCUAUCGACACCUUUGAUGAGAUGGAGCUACAGCUGGACGCAGAAAUCCCGCAGCUGAUUGUGGGACAAAGCAUUGAGUUCACAGAGAAACUGUCUGCAGGAGGUCAGAGGUCUGAGGCUCCUCCCACCUUAGAAGAAGAGUUCAUCAAACUGGAGCCUGAGCAGGAGGAGGUCGGAUCCAUCCUGCCUCACUUCACAAAUGAAGGUCGUCUCCAGAAGGAGGUCACAGUUGAUUCACCUCCAAUCAAACUCCUAGAGUCUGUUAACAGCAAAGAAGACUCUCUCAGCGCUGAAACCACAGAGAAGCUUGAAGCAAAGAGGCCGUUUAUGCUCAAGAACAAAAGAGUUCGAUGGAGCGAGCAGACCGAGCGACCUCCGACCUCCACGACCAAGACUCACAAACCACACCAAGAGCUGGACCCGCUGUCCACCUUCAUGAUGCUGAGAUCCCAGCAGGUUCUUCCAGCUGCUGCUUCGCCUCAGGGCUCAGCCGGCGCUGCAGAGAGCCAGCGGCGGGCUUACCAGGAGCUGCUGGCCUUCGCUCGGCCCCGUUUGGACUCGGUCAGACAGCUGGGACUCCGCGGGCCCGUGUGGGGGGACUUCAGCUGCUUGGCCCCGGACCAAACUCACUUCCUCCUGAAGCAGCAGGAGAAGGCGCUGCGCAGCACGUCUGCAGACGACGCCGCGCUGCUCAGGGACCAGGAGCUGCUUCUAAGUCAGGUGGUUCUGAUCCAUGUGCUGGUGACGUUCAAAGAGCUGCUGCUGAAAUGUGACCUGAGCAGCGGGCUGGUGUACCUGAGCAGAGCGGCAGAGUCGUGUGCAGAUCCGAGCCUGAAGCUGCUGCUGAGGAAGCUGAACAUCAUCCUCUUCCUCGCUCAGAAAAACCAGGAGUCCAACAACAAACUGCUGGAGCUGCAGCAGCUGCUGGCUGCGUGGCUGCGCAGCAGGACGUCUGCAGAGAAAAUUCUCGUCAUUCUGUCUGUGGACUCGGAUGAAAACAGGUCGACGGUUCUCAGCAGUCUGAGCCGAGUGACCGACGCUGCUGUGACUUGUGUCCGUCCUGAUGAGGAUAAAGUGAAGCUGAAUGGAGCCGGCGUGGUCAGCAGCGUCUGCGGCUGCGACUGUGCGCUGGUGUUUGAGCAGCACAUCGGUCCGGACUUCCCCUGGACCUGCUUCUCUGUGGUGGUGGAGUUUGACCAUCCCGGUCAGUCUCCAUGGUCCGCGGUGUGCAGCCAGAAUAGCAUCCAGCACCUGACCUUUGACGCCGUCGUCACGGAUUCUGGCCCGGAGGAGGUCUCAUGGUGUUUGGAGGAGAACGUUCCGUAUGUUCUGUUUGUGACGGAGGAACUCCUCAACUGUCCUUCACUGCUACAAACUCUGGAGUCCAGCUUCAAUGUGGCGGUGGUGGAGAGGAGCCCCCAUCCCUCCCUGCAGAUGCUCGGCGGGACCCACAACUACGCCGUGAUCACAGUGGAUGAAAGCACUGCAGUCGUCAUCCAGGAGCUGGAGGAACUGGAUCAGGACCGAGCCAGUGAGGUUCUGGUGAUGAGGCUGACGGCGCUCUCCCUGCAGUACAACUGCUGCUGGCUCGUCCUGUUCUGCCCCGACGGCCGGGGGGGCAGGUUUUCCAGCGAGACUUUCAGCAACCUGGCUCUGGUUUAUUCAUCUCUGGUUUUGUUUGGGAUGAAGCCUGAAGAUCUGGAUGUGAAGGUUCUAAUGGUGUCAGACGUGACUGAAAUGGCCAAAAGCAUCAACCGAAUCUGCUUCACCACCAUGAUGAGGAGCGACUGGGAUCCUGUCAGAUACCUGAGCAGAGACUGGCUGACGGUGAUCCCUUCACAGGACGAGGAGUGUCUGUCACAGUUUCCAUGUGUCAAUCCUCUGGUGGGUCAGCUGAUGCUCAGCAGAUUCCCAUCCCUGCUCCGGCUCCUGAGCGCCUCCCUCUCCGAGUUGACAGAGCUGCUUCCUGAGGUCCCACAGAAAGUCCUGAAGUUGUUCCGUGACAUCACGUCUCUGUACUCAACAUCUGAUCCCGCUCAACCUCACACCCCGUUCUUCGAAGCAAACCCACCAGCCACGCCCUCAAACGGCCUCUGGACCGACAGCGGCGAGCAGAUGCGGCUCUGCGGCGGCCUCACGCCCAACUUCCUGUGUGAAGCUGAUGGAAGAGAGGACUUUUUCUGCAGGCAAGAUGCAGAAUCUGUAGCCUUCAAACUGGACCUAAGUGGCUCCUUCUGCAGCCCGGAUGUUCACCUCCAGAGCAGCUGGACCAGAACCUGGACAGCAGAGACACAGAACCCCCGGAGCAGAGCGGGGGCUGCUGGGAGGGUCGUUGAACGACUCCCUGAGGACAGGAGUCCCACAUUCUCAACAGCUGACUUCAGCUCCCACCUGUACGGCCUCGACAGCCCUCUGAAUCUGGACUUCAGCUUCAGUCAAAGCCCCACCCUGAACCACCUGCUCCACAGCCCACCACCCCCCACAUCCACCGGUCACAGCUUGAGUCUGAGCCCCCCCCCAGGAGCUUUCUGGAGUACAGUCUGCAGCCAUGAAGGAACGGCGGCUUCAGACUCGCAUGGAUCCAGGAUCUGGAGAGGACGGGAGAGGAGGAGGAGCCGAGACGCUGCAGGUCUGGACGGAUCAGCCGCGCUGCCGCCGCUGAAGAUGGGCCGGCUGAGCUGCGAGAAAGUCCCUGGAAGAAGUGACGGACAGACGAGACUCAGACUCUUUUAGACCU